AUGAGGGACUUUGGGCCGAGUAAAGCGCCAUCCUGGUGGAAUGCUAAUAGCAUACCAGGAAGACCGGGCCCAGUUUUCCCUGGUGGAUAUCAUGCAGAAGAUGCUGUUUUAUUUCGCCAUGAAAGGGAAUGGCGGAAAGCACACCCCACCCGUGAUCCUUUCGACGAUGGGCGUCUCCGGAUGUACGUCUAUGGGCUCCAGGCAACAUUGCAGGCACGCCAGGUUAACCCAUGUUCCAAGAGCCAGUCCAAGCAGCCGCGUUGCCAAGAUGUACUGGCGGAUUUGCGUGUACAGUUCUUGAUACGAGAGAGGGUAAGGGCGAGGGGCAGGGAUGCCCAGGCCGACACAGGAAGUGUUAUUAGCGGGACCAGUAGUCUCAGCAAUCCAAGGAGCGAGCAGAGUUCCAGGAGUUUUGGCAGAGGACCUGAUGUGUAUGACACUGGUAUUCCCCUCACGGCUGAGGACUGGGCCGAGAUUGACCCAAAUAAGUACGACAAUGGUAUACCGCUGAGCUCCCAGGAUUGGAACUCAUUGCUAGAUACAUCACUUCCGGCGACAAGGGGCGAACCCGAAUCCGCCUAUUACCGGGGACGUGGGCGUGAUGGACCAUCAGUACCACCGCGCUCCAGAUCAAGCCACUCCAACGACCGGAUUCGGCGAUACGAGGACGACCGUAUUGAGAGGGAGCCCUCACGAUAUGAACAGGAACCCUCACGAUACAGGUCGCGAAAGAAGGGCCGGGUAACUGAUGAGGACUAUGAUAGCUAUGGCCAAGAAUAUCCCAGCAGCUCAAAGACGAAGCAUGACGACUACAAUCAAUAUGCCGACUACUACAAUAAUUAUGAGUACGACGGCUCUGUAUAUUCUGGUGGUAGUUACAGCCGUGCGCUCCCUCCCCGUUCAGGGGGCGAUGAUGUAUACCUUGAUCUGGUCAAAGAGCGUGGCUCUGCGAAAAAGACCCCAGUCCUGACCUCUGGAUUGGAAAAGGCGAUGGGGCGGCUGAACCUUCUACAGACGCGGUCGCCCAAACUGUCAGCCGAGCGGACGGUGGGCAGACCCAAGUCCAACGCCACCUCACCCGAUAUUUCACCCAAAGUGUCGGCCGGUCGAGCUUUAACAGCAGGACUCACGCAAGAAAGAAAACCGGAAAGAACCAACCAAAACCUUAUUUCCUCUUCUCGUAGCUCGCAAACAGGAUCAAGCGUAACGAUUCCAACAAAAUCAACAUCCAUCAUUCCGCUAACUCGUGACUUGACUAACAAUGUCCAAUCUGCAAACAAACCGCAGACAUCAGCUACUCGACCCGCCCUAUCCAUUGACGAGAGGAGCAGCAAGGGCAACUCUGCUGCAACGCGAUCUGUUUCAACCACUUCUGCUUCUACCACAAACCAGUGCAAUAAGAUAGACAGUCCACCGACGAGCAGGACCGCCCGAAACUCUGGGACCGCUACGGGGUAUCUUAAUCGAACCAAUCGGCGUAACCCCGAAGGAGAUUUGCAGUCUCAGGCAGUAGGGGAAGUGAGGCGAGCAGAACGUCAAGUGAGACUGACACCUCAUUGA